GGAGAAGGCGAGAAAAGAGUUCGCCCUCCCUCCUUCCUUCCAUUUACGGCGCGUCGUAAACCUUCUCUGCAGCCGCUUGUGCUUCCGCCAGCUCCAGUCGACAGCCCGGAGAGAAGAGACAGACAGACAGAGGCAGCCGUAAAGCAGCGCCUCUUCCCGCGCUUAGUAACUGGUGGCGUUCCGACCGCUGCCUUGGAGAGGAGGAGGAGGCGGGGCUGGCAGCGGCAGUCAUGGCCCAGGUGGGGCACAGGGUGGAUUACCUGGCGGGGUUUUGCUGCCCGGUUGGGGGAUUGGCAGCCGGGAAGCCCCGCGUGCUGUGCCACGAGAACCAGAUCUACCUCUCCAAUGGCACCGAGUACGUCUAUGUCUACGACCAAGAAGGGCGGCUGAUGAAGGCUGUCUACAGGUUUCCUGAUCAAGUCUGGCAUGUGGAGCUCUUGCCUCUCCACCAUCAGCUGUAUAUUCUCUGUGCUGGAGUUGGCAUUUAUUGCGUGUCCUUGGACUACCAAAGCAGGUUAGUGAAGCAGACGGAUGGCGAGGAAAGCGAUUGCUUUUCCAGCAUCUUCCCCAUGGGCUGUGAUGCCUGCGCUCUCCCUGAUGCCACACUUUGCACCUUCACGCUGCUCAAUGAUGUCUUGGUCACCCUUUCCCAAGUCCGAGAGAAGUGGUGCAUGAAUCUCCACAAACUCCCAGGCCCUGAAAGCCAGGAGAAAUUGCCACAUCAGCCAGUCAGCCACGUGGACAUCACCACCAGCACAAGCAAUGAUGGCGACAUGUCUUUAGCCCACUUCCUCCCGGUGCUGUGUUGUGCAUCUGCUCCUGGUGCCAGUAAACAUUGGGAGGGACUUCGCCAUUCUGGGGGGUUCGUGCUGGAGGAGCCUCUUUUCAGCCUCCUUUUCGGUGUAGAUGCUGCCAUGCUGGAUUCUCCCAUGAUCCUCUGUGGCUUCCCCGAUGGGCAGUUGUGUUCAGUGCCUUUGAAGGCCCUGAACUCGCCUGGAGACCACGGCUGGGAAGACUCACCCGUCAAGAUCCUUCAUCAUCUGGAGGAGCCAGUGGUCUUCAUUGGGGCCCUGAGGACUGAACGGAAAUCUCCAGAUGCGGAGGAGCAUCCAGCCUAUGGAGGCUUGGGUUGUGACUGUGUUGUGGCUUUGGGACACUAUGGUAAAAUGGUGGCCAUCAAGGCCUCUCAAGAAGAAGAAGUCAAAGUCCCAGAGCUCCGGGAGUAUUACCUACAAGGGCCAGUUCUGUGUGCAGCCUGCAGCGGGGGAAGUUGCAUGUACUACAGCACCCAUUCUGACAUCUAUGCAGUUGACUUGGACAGCAACACACCUGAGGCUGAAAAAGUGGAGGCUCCGGCAGGGACCCUUCCUUCAGCUGUGUCUCCUGCAAGCUUGAGUAUCUGCAGUGUGGUGGCGCUUUCCUUAUCUUCCCGGGAGUCAGAAGGAGAAUCUGAACUUCUGGCUCUCUCCGCCAAAGGCCGUCUCAUGACGUGUGGCUUGUGCAGCCCAGAUGAUACACAGCCGCUCAAGAUGAACGCUGACAAAGCUGGGCAGAGGAUCAAAGAGCUGCUGUCUGGGAUAGGCCAUGUCUCUGAAAGAGUGUCCUCCCUUAAAAAAGCUGUGGACCAAAAAAAUCAAGCUUUGACCUGCCUGAACCAAGUGAUGAACGUGAGUGCAGCUUUGCUUUCAAGCCAGAAUGGUCCGAAGCCCAUCACUUGCACCAUCGCUGCUCAUUGGAGCCAUAUGCUGGUUCAGGACACCUUGACAAUCUCCUGCAUCUUGGAAAACUCAAGCGAAUGCAGCCUGGAGCGGGGCUGGACCUUCUGUGUCCAGCUUUUCGCCAACUCCUGUGACUUUGAGGAAACCACUUCAGAUUCUGCCACCACCUAUACCUUCCCUAUAGAUCAGCUUCUUCCAGGGAACAAGACAGAGGUGACCCUUCCAGUCAGCCCCGCCGAAGGCUCCAAACUGAAUCUGCCUUUCACUGUCUCCUGCUCCCUCUACUACAGCUUGCAGGAGAUCUUAGGCACCGUUUCUGAAUCCACUGAGCUUCUGGAUGACCUCUUUUCAGACGAUUCCCCUGGCCUUGCUCUGGACAGAGAAGGCAUCUGCCUGCCCUUGAGGGAAGACACCAUUGACCUCCUGCAGUGCCUUCGCUUGGAUGACAACAAGGGAGUGUCUGAAGCUAGCCCACCUGCUGUGGCCAUUUCUGUCCCCGGGGAUCCAGUUGAAAACUUCUUGAAGUUAUCUCUCAAGAGCAUGGAAGAGAAUGAUGAGCUUGUCCCAAAGGGACGGAGUAUCAUCGAUGAAAAUUACUUGGCUCCAACUAUAGCUUCAAUCAAGGUAUCCUCUGAACUGCUGAGAACGUCCUUGAAGGCCUUCUGUGAAGAAGUGUCGUUGUGCUGUGUUGUGCUGCGAUGGCUGCUGGCUGAAAAUGCUGAAGCGGAUGCCCUUCGGAGCCAGGAGGUGGCAGUCAUGCAAGGGUUGGCCCCAGAUGGAGGCAAAGUGCAGCUGAACAUCCGAGAGGUGACUGUCAGUGACCUGAGCCCAGCAGGUCCUAUCCAAGCUGUGGAGAUUGUCAUCCAGGGCUCUCCACUGGUGAACAUGUGUCAACUGCAUCAUGCUGUGGUUCGGCGCAUUCAGGCUCUGAUUUUGGAACAAGCUGCCCAGGAUUCUUCUCCCCCAGAUAUCAGAGUGCAGUAUCUCCAACAGAUCCAAGCCAACCACGAGAUGCUGUUAAAGGAAGCCCAGUCCCUCCGGGAUAACUUGUGCCUGGGGAAUGAUUCGGAUGCAACAGUGGAGAAGCUUCUUCAUGUUUACCAGCAGCUACGCAACCCCAGCCUUGUGGUCCUGUGAGUGUCAAGCACCGGCACCCCUCGGAGGAUCCCACUGCCGCCUCUGCCCAGAGCUGGUGGAUGAAGGGAGCAGCAGGCUGUGCACUUUCUGGACGGGAGGCUGAAGCAGGGGCGUGGCAGAGAAGGGGUGGAGGAUCCCAACAGGCAGACCCCGGCUCCUCUGGAGACUGAAGGAUCAGGGGCCAAGCUUUCUCCUGCAAUCCCCAAUCCUUUUCCCUUUGAACACAACUAGCUCCCCCGCCCGCCCUCCCUAGGCUCCGUAUUUUAUGCCCACCCUGGACGGGCGCCUGGUUGCAUUGUGAUGCUCUCACACGCAGGCAGGUGGUCCGGUCCUUGUGUGCACGUGUGUGCAGAGAUGCCCAGGUGCAUGUAUGUAAUUUGGAUGGCUAGCAAAGACGCUCUCGUGGCUGAGGGUGGUGUGUUGUGGAUUAGCCUCGAUGUCGUUAGUUUAGCUUUUCUCGCUUUUGGUGGCACUUAACGUUGCUGUGGCAGGCAAGUCUGGUGAGUUGUCAGUGGGGAAGGGAGGGGGAGAUUUUGCUGGAAAUGCAACGCCUUUUGGUUCAUUCCGAGCAGCAGCAGCAGCAGCCACCAUCACCACCAAAGGGCUAUGCUUCUAGCUGUGUCACAUUUUUUCAGAAAACACUGUGGAAAAAACAGGCUGUCACACACCUAGGUAACUCAGGGGGUGCUCUUAGUACGGCAUCCCUUUUUCUAAUGGGACAUUUUGCUCCUUUUUCCAAUAUGUUUCCUUUCUAUAAACUACUUGCUUGUCAAUUUCCAAGGCA